UGCCGAGCGCGGCGUGAGCCGGCCCUGGACAGUUUUGCUGUGCUUUGCGCGCACGCCUGGACCGCGGGACGGCUCAGAGGAGGAGCAGGCUCCGGCUCCGGGCGCUUUUGGGGUGAUGGAAAGCAGCGCAGCUCCCUGAACAAAGUCCGAGGGCGUCCUGGCGUGGUUUUGCUGCAGCUCCGGCAUGGUGGCACAACCAUGAGUGCGGGCUCGAUUGAGCAGGAGCCGUCGCGCAAGCUGGCCUGCUGCGGGGUGCCCCUCAUCACCGAAGACAUGCAGUCGCUGGCCAUCCGCACCCUCUCGGGCACGGACAUCAACAAGCACUACGACCUCAUCCGCGAGCUCGGCAAGGGCACCUACGGCAAGGUGGACCUGGUGUCCCACAAAAGCACAGGCACCAAAAUGGCCCUGAAGUUUGUGAACAAGAGCAAGACGAAGCUGAAGAACUUCCUGCGCGAGUUCAGCAUCACCAACACGCUCUCCUCCAGCCCCUUCAUCAUCAAGGUCUUUGAUGUGGUCUUUGAGACGGAGGACUGCUACGUCUUUGCUCAGGAGUACGCUCCCGGCGGGGACCUCUUUGACAUCAUCCCACCCCAGGUGGGGCUCCCCGAGGACAUGGUGAAACGGACCCCAUCUGUGAGCUACGUGCUCUGCGGGGUCCGGGGUGUUCGUCUGCCCCUUCUGCGACCUCCUCAAGGCCAUGUUGACUGGCCGCAGUCUCACCUUCCAAACACAGCUAAUGAUACGAGAAGCACCGCGCAGGCAAACGGCUCUUAA